UUUAAAAAAAUCAAUUAAAUUCAAUUUUGAAAUUCAUUUUAAACAAAUCUGAAUGUUAUUGUAAUAAAUAGGUGAAAAUUAUAGUAAAAGUUUUCACGUUAAAAACGAGGUUAAAACAUUUAGAAUGAGAAAAUAGGUAGUCCUUGUACAGUGUAGUGGACACCUACGUCAUUAUAGACGUCACGCUUUAGUACAAUUUUUCUCAUUUCAUUCGUUUAAUAUUUAAAUAUUUCAGUUCUUACAACACUUUCAAUAUUUGCAAGAUCUUAAUCAUUUCAUUCAUUUUCUGCAAGCUCUCAAAGGUAGAGCUUUCAAGUUUUACAGAAGAAUCGUUUUCUUGUUAUAAACUACGAAAAAGAGGAAUAAUUAAUUUCAGAUGGAGCUGAAUUUUCAACGUCCAGCCUAUGUCGAGCCCUUUGAAUUCGAAAAAUUGAUUGUAAGAGCCCAAGUUACAAAAUGGAUGGCAAACAACUGGCAUCACUCUUUAUACUGGUCCGCACUUUAUUUAGUGGUUGUAUUUGGAGGAAAACAUCUUAUGAAAUCAAGACCUGCCUAUAAACUCAAAAGACCUUUAGCAGUAUGGAAUAUAUCCCUAGCAAUAUUCAGCUUGAUAGGAACUAUCAGAUUGUUACCUGGAUUUUAUCAUGUGUUACGUGAUCGUGGAUUUACAUUUUCAGUUUGUAAUAUUUCUUAUAUUGGAGGAAUAGAGUCAUCAUUCUUUUGGGGAUGGUUAUUUAUUCUUUCUAAAGUUUUGGAAUUUGGUGAUACAAUUUUCAUUGUCUUACGUAAACAAAAACUGAUAUUUCUUCAUUGGUAUCAUCAUAUAGUAACACUGGUUUUUACCUGGUAUAACAGUGGUAACCUAGUAUCUCUUGGUCAUUGGUUCAUAUUCAUGAACUUUACCGUUCAUAGUCUAAUGUAUGGUUACUUUGCUCUGAAGGCGUUAAAUAUUAAAAUACCUCGUCCUAUCGCAAUGAUGAUAACUCUGUGUCAAAUAUCUCAAAUGUUUAUUGGAGUGUUUCUCUGCUCGUGGGCUUAUAAAAGUUUAGCUUCAGGAACUCCUUGUGAAAUAACUUAUACAGCUCUUAAUUUAAAUUCUUUUAUGUAUUUUACUUAUGUUGUACUUUUCUGUUAUUUCUUUUACAAUUCUUACAUCGUUUCAGGGAAAAAAGUUCAAGGAAAGAAAGCUAAUUAAAUUGAAUUAAACAAAUAUACUCAAAAUAUUAAAAAAAAUAUACUUUCAGGGACACAAAUGUACUGAACAGUUAUUUCCAAAUUUGUAUCUUACAUUUUAUAAGUGAUGUAACAAAAUUUUCAUUAAAUAAUUAUUUUUUUACAAAAACUAGA